AUGUCCGUUUAUCGAUAUGAGUCUGAACGUUUGAUCAGCUUCAUAGACUGGCCUUAUCCUUGUCUAUGGAUAGAGCCAACAGAUUUCGCCGCGGCUGGAUUCUACUAUACAGGCACGAGCGACGUCGUCAGAUGCUUCGAAUGUCAUAUAGAAGUUAGUCAGUGGAAUGCGGCAGGAGGCAGUCCGAAGAAUGUGCACCAACGAUGUGCAAAAACUUGUAGAUUUGUUCAGAAUAUCCAGUGUGGUAAUGUACCGAUCGAUACGAAUCCUAAAGCAAUUACGAUAUUUGUACCGGAAGCUACACUUGAGAUUCGUUUGAACAAUGAAGAUCAAGCAAUAAUCCCGCUACCGAUAUAUCCAGAAUAUAAGAGUUAUGUUGCCAGAUUAAAAUCUUUUGCCAACUGGCCUCUAACAAACAUACAUAAUAAUAUAGAAAAAAUGGCAGUUGCUGGUUUGUUUUAUACGGGAACAUACGAUGUAGUAAUGUGCUAUCAGUGCGGUGGAGGAUUACUGGCGUGGGAGCCAAACUAUGAUCCUUUAAUAGAACAUAUCAAAUUUUACAGAUAUUGUCCUUAUGUGUGUUUAAUUCAUAAAAGUAUCCCACCUCCAAUCAAAUUGUUUGAAGAAUUUCAGAAACUAUGUGAGGAUGUUGCCAAAAGCUUUUUAAACUUAACCGAUUUAAAAGUAUCCGUCGACAAUAAAAGUUCAUAUAAGAAUAUCGUCAAAAGGUUUUUAAACUUAACAAAAUUAAAAGGAUCCGUCGACGAUAAAAGUUUUUGUAAAAUUUGCUUUGAGAAAGACCUGGAAGUAUUAUUCUUGCCGUGUAGACAUUUAAUGGCAUGUGAAAAAUGUGCACAAAAUGUAACAGAAUGCAGUAUUUGUCAGAUGGUUGUUAAACUUGCUCUACGAGUGUAUAUCAUUUGGUAG